CAUCGCACCUAACCUCCUCACUCACUUGUUCACUCCUCAACCCUACGCUACUAUUCCCACUCUCUCCCUGUCUCUUUUCUCACCUCUUUGACAAACAUUUGCCCUCUCACCCUCAUACCCUCACCUCCUCAAGCAAACAGCCCAACAAUCAAGCAAAAAAGAUGCAAGCUACUACUCCUCAAGCUUGUAACCAAUUCCUGGCACACAAGUCUGCCGCCUCGUAUCCUAAAAGGCACCUUUACACUGGCUUUGCCUGCGGGAUCGCUGACCCCGACUGGGAAUUCAUCGAUAGAGAAUACAGCAACUCGUGCCAUGAAACGGGCGCCGCUCUCGCCUACAAGUUUGCAUCCGAAGAGAACCCUAUGCAACUCCGUAAUGACACAGGAGGCAUGGACGACGACGAGUUCAAUGAUGAGGACGAGGGCGUUGAUGUCGUCUACCCGUACCAGCAGUACAUGAACAAGGCUGCCACCGUCGCUUCAGAAGAGGAGAUGAGCGAUGUCCCCGAGUGUGAAAUGUCUUCAUCUCAUGAGGGUUCCGUCAUUGACGAUGAUGUCCUUGAUAGAAUGGACGCUGUUGCUAAUAGCGGCUUUGGUACCGGUGCCUUUUCUCAUUGUCCCGUCGUCCUUACAUCAGAUGGCGGCGACGAGGUUAUGGAGAUCGAAAUGGGCAUCCAGAUGGACGAUAUUUCCGUCGAUAGCUCGAAGAAGAGGAAACGCUGGGCAGACGACGACGACAAUGCUCAGCAACAGAUUCACCAACUACAGUAUCCCACACAGACUAAGUUUGCGGGUGCUCCUUGGGGUGCCUUGCAACAGAACAACGCCAAAAGGGAUCAAGCUCGCCGGAAUUAAAAUAGGGCAUAUAAUUAUCCUCCCCCCUCCUUUCCCCCCUCAGGUAAGUAACGGAACGAUUACGUGGAAUACUUCUCACGAACCCUUGGUUUUUUUUUGCCGCACUUAUUUGUCGUAUUCUUUGGGCUCAGGAACUGGUUAACCGGAUAACUACUGGGGAUAGAGAACCAAUGUUUCUCAAUUUUUGUUUCUUCCAACUCUUGAUUUUUUGCACCCAUUCAAAGAGUUUUUCUUUUCUUAUCUCCCUUUAUACUCUCACAUUUCCUUUUUAUCAAAAUUUGGUCUUUUUACCUUUUUUUCCCUCUCCCGUUCUCCUUGUCCCCCCCCCCUCCUCACCAUCCUCUUCCUCCUCUGUCCAUCUCCCCCUUCCAUGAUCUCUUGUAUUCUUUUUUAUUACUAUCCCAUCAUCUUCGGUUUUGGGCAUGGGUUUUGAGUUUUUUUCAACGGAAGGUUUUCUUUAUCAUUCACCAGUCAAGGGGAACGGUUUCUUUUCGGGAAAAUAUCUCUGGAACAAAAAAAGGGGGGCAGAAAAGAGGGAAAAAGGACCAUUUGUACAUUAUUUUGCGAGAUCAUAUUUGAAAAAAAUCGCCAAGUUUACAAACGAAA